AUGAAAACAGCAAUGAUUUCCUGCUUUUAGUUUCAGCUGUUCCAGUAGUAAUUUAAAUCAACCACGAGCAUGAAUUCUGUGCCAUCUCUUCUCCUGCAAAUCCUCUUUAUGACAGGUAAGAUUGCUUUACAUCACUUAUCCCAGAUGCAGACCAUGUGUGUUUUUUAUAUACCUGUAGGCAUUUUAUUAAACAGAUACAUAUUGUAACAAUUAUAUCAUAAUCUAGAUCAAUGUUAUAGGUCUACGCCCAAUAUUUCACUUCUGUUUCUGCUGUUGAUCCAAAAGAACGCAAAAUAACAUUUUGAAGUAAUUUCCUAAUGUUUCACAGAAAGGAAACCUUCCUUAAUGAUUCCAAUAACCAGAUUAAUCAUCGAAUCAACAAAAUGUUACUACAGCUGUUAGCUAGCCACAUCCCUCUGUAUUCUGGUUUUACAAAAAUUUUUUUUUUUUUUAAAGAAUUCAUAAUUGGAUAAACCAUUGUCUUUAUGCAGUCUUUAUUUUUCUUAUAGUAAAUAAACCAAUACUGUGCUAUAGGUGAAAUUUAUUUUCUUCAAGUCUAAAGAGAUAAUGUCUUGUUACCACAAUACGUUUGUACUGGCUCUGGAAACAUGCAAAACCUCUUGAGUCCUAUGCUAACAAUUCCAAUUGCUCCUUUCAGCUAAAAGAGGUUUGCCUUGACGUUGGCAGCUGAGCUUACAUUUUAAUGGCUGUUGUAGUGGCACUAAAAUGGUGUUAUUUAAAUGUACAUGGUGAUUUUAGUAUAUAGUAUGGCCAUUGCUGCUGCUCAAGCGUUUUCACACAGGUCAUAUUCUCUUGUGGUUUUUUUUUGUAUUCCACAUCCAUGAUAUAUUGCCAUUGCACUGUUUGUAAGGGGUUCAUAAAAAUGUAUCUUAGCAAUUAAGCAAAAGAGCUUACUCUUUAAUGGUCAUUGGAGCGGUUCUACAAACUUAUUUUGUUUUAUAUAUAUAUAUAUAUAUAUAUAUAUGGGUUUGAUAUAGUGUGCAGGUAACUUUGUUUGGUUUUGUCUAUAUAUAUCGAGCCUGAUGAAUACUAUACAGAUUGUUGCUGCUCAAGAGUAGUGGGAGUUUGAGCUAAGUGCUUAUUUCUGUGUGUUUGUAUUUUUACAGAUACAGCUGAGCUUGUUUGAUUAGUAAGAAAUUAGGUUUUUUACAACUUUGUGCUUAAAGGAAUGGUUUAACCCCUUAAGGACGGAGCCAAAUAUACAAGUUGUGAUAAAAAAUUUUUAAACAAACCACAGAAUUUGACUAAAUGUCUGUGCAACAAUAAUUUACCUCUUUCAUAUUACGUGCACCCACACUUAUUAUAUAUCGUUUUGUUCAGGAAAAACAGAGUUUUCAUUUCAUAUCAAAUAUUCACAUAUGGAACUCAAUUUUAUAACAUGACAGGAGGCUUCGUAUUUGCUUAAGUCUUUCUUUACUUAAGCUUCACAGCAGCACUUUUUUACUUAGUAACAGGGUAACCAAUCAGAAAAAGAGAUAACAAGGUAUAAGAGUCCCUCCCUGUGAUGUCACUUCCUCUUUCUUUGCUGCUUCACACCAGUACAGGUCAGAGUGCCACUGCCUCUUACUUUCUGUGGGUUAUUUACUAUCCUCUUUAUUUUAACUUGUUAUUUAAUCUUUGUUUUUUCUUAGCUAUGUUUCCCAUACUUUAGCUAUAUUCUUAUAUUCCUAUUUCUAAGGUACUUGUCCCACCUUAGCUAUCUUCUAAAGUUUUCUCUCUUAACUUAUUACUGCCUAAUUUUCUCCCUUUAGUCCUUUUGUACUGUCCGUUAUUUGACCCACGACAGAUCAGAUACCCUCGAUCUUCAGAAUGGUCACUCCCAAAUCACCUUUCACAAUAUAUCCAUUUCUGGAUAAGGAGACCCCUAGACCGGGAGGUCCGCAAACGCCUAAGAGCUGAAUGCCCUAGACCCACCUUACCAGACAAGGUCGCUAUGACCCCGGAGUUUGAUUCCCUGCUCUACACAUAUUUAGCCAGAUCUGGCCGUGACCCUAAAAAGGGCAUUGAGCGCAGCCUACGCAUCACCCAGGACAAGAUGUUGGAUGUCCUAGGGCCCUUGGCAAGAAUUCUACUACUGGCUGAUGAAGCCCUCACUAACGAGGGCCCUUUAGACCCAUCUGUGAUCAGAGAAUGGGCACUACGCUCCAUUUGCCUGCUGGGCAAUGCAAAUACUUCCCUCUCUACCGAGCGUAGAAAAGCAGUGCUGCUGCGUAUAGAUGCCAAACUAGCCGACCUAGGGACCAAAGAGUUGGGCCCCAAGGCCAAGGGUCUAUUAUUUGGAGAACCCUAUAUUAAAGAAUUACACAAGCAUGUAAAUUUAUACGCCACCCUGAACAAGGCGCAAUCAUCCAUGAGAAGAGUAUUCCACCAACAACCCUCUCGGGUUUUUGGCAGGGCUGGCCGUCCAAGGGGUCGUGCAGUCAGCCGCUUCUGGCCCACAAGCCAACGCCAACGAACCCCCACUUCACCAUUCUUCCCCAACUAUCAAAAUAGAGGUUUCUACACCCAAAGGUCAGAUAGGGGAAGAGGAGGUAGAGCCCGUGGACGCUACAGAUACCCAACAGGUGAGAUUUCCUACUUUUCACCUCUCUACGGUUUCUCAUGCGGGCAGGUUGUUACAUUGUGUGGAUAUGUGGAAGACGCUGUCUUCAGAUACAUGGGUUCUAAACACGGUUCAGGGUUAUUUCAUAGAAUUUUAUUCUCUCCCUACUCAAACAGGUCCUCCCCAUUACCCGAUAAUGUCAAAAUCUCAAUGGCUCCUCCUCGAUUCAGAACUACGUUCCUUGCUAACAAAAGGAGCAAUUCAACCCGCUCCACACGACGAAGGCUUUCUAAGUUCCAUAUUCCUGGUCAAAAAGAAAUCGGGAGAAUUUCGCCCGGUAAUCAACCUUCGCCAAUUGAAUACCUUCGUGAUAUACCGGCAUUUCAAAAUGGAAGGGAUACAUCUCCUCAGAGACAUUCUCCGUCCAGGCGAUUGGUUCACCCGACUCGACCUCAAGGAUGCUUACCUCUCCGUGCCAGUACAUCCAUCCAGUCGACGUUUCCUCCGCUUCCCCUGGCACCACCGGAUCUUCCAAUUCACCUGCCUUCCAUUCGGCCUGAGUUCCGCUCCCUGGUGCUUCACCAAACUGCUCAAGCCAGUCACCGCACAUCUUCGAGCAAGGGGUUUUCGCUGCCUAAUCUACCUCGACGACCUCUUACUACUCUGCGACAACAUCUCCACGCUGCAGUCACAGACGAACUACACAUCCUCAUUGAUAGAAUCCUUGGGAUUCGUCAUCAACAAGGAAAAAUCCUCGCUGACUCCAUCCCAAAUCAUACAGUUUCUCGGCUUCGAGAUCGACUCCUCCACCUGUGUUCUCCGCCUGCCUCAGUCCAAGUUAACCGCGAUCAGGAAGGAACUGCGCAAGACGCUUCGCCAAGUGGAUCUACCUCUCCGAGGUUUGGCUCGGAUUAUAGGCCUGCUUUCUGCCUCCAUUCAAGCAAUCUACCCAGGUCCCCUCCAUUAUCGGGCCAUGCAACGCUUGAAGGCUCAAUUCCUCCAGACCCAUCCAUCAUACGACCAAAGGGUCCCGAUCACUACCGAGGUGAGGGAGGAACUCUACUGGUGGCUUCGCCACAUGUCUGCCUGGAACGGCAAAGCAAUUUUUGGUCCCACUCCGGACUUUGUGGUGGAAUCAGACGCGAGCCUCCAAGGCUGGGGUGCAACUUGUCAUACAACUUCCACCGGGGGACCAUGGACCGACGCAGAACACUCUCUCCACAUCAACUGUCUGGAAUUAAUCGCAGGAUCGUUUGCAAUCCGCAGUCUGGCCAAUCAUCUCUCAGACUGCUGUAUUCUCCUCCGAAUGGACAAUAUCUCGGCCGUUCAAUACAUCAACAAAUUGGGCGGGGCCAGAUCUCACACCCUGUCCGAGGUGACAAAGGACAUCUACAAUUUUUGCUUCCAGCGCAACAUAACACUCCGGGCAGAAUACCUUCCGGGGGAGACGAACACCACUGCGGAUUGGUUCUCCCGACAUUGGAGAGACGGCAGCGACUGGCGCUUACACAGGUCAGUCUUCCUCCACGUCUCCAAACUCAGGGGCCCGUUUACUCUGGACCUGUUCGCCUCCCGGACGAAUUUUCAAGUCCCACGCUUCUUCAGCUGGCUACCAGACCCGGAAUGUUUGGCAGUAGAUGCCUUUCUUCAGAAAUGGCCGACGACGGGAGCCUACGCCUUCCCUCCGUUCGCGAUGAUCCCAAGAACCCUUCUUCAGAUUCGCAGACAACAGGUCACACUGGUACUACUCACCCCGCUCUGGCAGGGCCAAGCAUGGUUCCCAGAUCUCCUGGACCUCUCCUGCCAACAUCCCCUCCUUCUACCUCUAUGGCCCAGCCUGUUAGAGGACCCUCAAGGAAACCCUCAUCCGAUGAUAAUGCAAGGUCAUCUCCAAUUAGUGGCUUGGACUCUUUCAGGGGAUCCUGGAAUUUCGGAGAAUUAUCGCAGAGAUCUAAAGAACUUCUCUGGGAUUCCUGGGCUCCUGGAACCAGAAGAUGCUACCUUUCUUCCUGGAGUACUUGGUGCAAUUGGUGCAUGGAACGGAAUACCGAUCCCCUUACAGCCCCUAGACAGUCCAUACUGAAUUUCCUCUCACACCUGUUCGACUUAGGCCGUACUUACCGGUCCAUCAACGUGGCCCGGUCAGCAAUCUCGGCAGCCCAUGUCCCUCUACAUGGGAUUCCAGCGGGCCAGGACCCGCUGGUUUGCAGACUAUUGAGGGGCAUCAAACUGGCUCGCCCCCCAACACCAAAAUACUCCCAUCUAUGGGAUGUUAACGUCAUGAUUCGUUUCCUGGAAACCUGGCCGAACAACGAAGAUCUAACCCUCCGUCAACUCUCGGCUAAAUUCACCCUGCUACUCUGCUUAGUAUCCUUCCGACGAGUGUCGGAUGUUCAAGCUUUUGACCAUGACGCUAUCAAUUUUUCCCCUGAAGGUGUCACCUUUUCCGUGUCCAGACGGACAAAAUCAAACUCUUCUUCGGUAUUUUACCCUUAUUUCCCUAACCAUCCAAAAUUGUGUGUGGUAUCACUUCUCUCUCGUUAUUUACUACUCACCUCCUCCCUUCGUUCAACCUCCUCCAGCCAACUAUUGAUCUCCUACGUCCGUCCACAUAAUCCGGUGUCAACCAUAACCCUUGCCCGAUGGGUUAGGUGGUUGCUCUCCCUCGCUGGGAUUGAGGCCUCCUUCGGAGCCCACUCUAUCAGGGGAGCGGCGGCAUCGGGAGCUUUCAGCGCUGGAGCCUCACUUCGGGACAUUCUCCACUCAGCAGACUGGUCCCGGGAACAGACUUUCCGCAACUUCUAUUUUCGUCCGGCUGUGCACGCUUCCUUAGCCCUUCUUGGGGAGCGUUAAAACAGCAAAUACGAAGCCUCCUGUCAUGUUAUAAAAUUGUAGAUUAUGCUAACUUUAGUGUACCGAUAAUCUUAAUUUUAUUAAUGACAGGAGGCGAGUAUUUCCCACCCUUCACUCUCGUUCUUUUUCCCCUCCCUAAGGUCACCUAUCUAGGUAAGUUCAUCUAGACUAAAUACAUACUCUAGGUACCUCUACUGUGGGGAGGGCUAAGGGUUUCUCUCUAAGGGUGGAUAGGUUACACUUCGUAGGAGGUGGGCUUUUAGACGAGAUUUUCUAAAUACCGAAUGUCAUAUUUUAUAAAUCCAAUUCUCGGAUUAAUCCUUGGUUUCGAUUCUGCUUUCUCGUUUCAGCAUAAAGCCCCUCAUGAAGACAAGUUCAGUUGCCGUUCCAUCUCAAGCAUCACCUCGGCUCUCUAAGAAGACAUGUUUACGUUCCUGUUCCCUCUCUAACAUUUGCUUUCUCAUCUGGCAUCCUGAAUUCUUCAUCUGGUUCAGUUACAGUCCCUGUUCCUAUUUGUUCGCAGCCAGAAAGAGGAAGUGACAUCACAGGGAGGGACUCUUAUACCUUGUUAUCUCUUUUUCUGAUUGGUUACCCUGUUACUAAGUAAAAAAAGUGCUGCUGUGAAGCUUAAGUAAAGAAAGACUUAAGCAAAUACUCACCUCCUGUCAUUAAUAAAAUUAAGAUUAUCGGUACACUAAAGUUAGCAUAAUCUACAAUUUUAUAUGAAAAAAGUCUAAAAAGGUUUGAAAAAAAAGUUCUGCAUGACAUUUUAACUGUGAAUGUCAUAAUACUGUUUGUUUUUACUGCAAUAAAAUACACAUAUUUGUAUUCAGCGAUGUAUCACAAGUAACACAGUAACACCAAUAUAUAGGUUUUAGAAAUUUGGUAGAUUGGCUUGCUGGGCCUAGGUUACAAGUGAGACCGUAUGGCAGUCCAGAAAUGAAAAUUCCCCCCAUCAUGGCAUGCCAUUUGAAAAAGCAGACAUCCCAGGGUAUUCAAAAUUGGCUAUGUCCAGUCUUUUGGAGUAGCCACUUAGUCACAAACCCUAGCCAAAGUUGGUGUUCAGAUAUUUUUGGUGCUUUAUUUCACAUAAAACUGUACUUUCACAGCCUGGGUAAUAACAUUUUCACUAUUAUGGCAUACCAUUUUCAAAAGUAGGCAACCCAGAGUAUUCCAAAUGGUGCGUAUUGAUAUGUUUGGUCAAAACCAUUUUUUUAUCAGAAAUGCAGGGCCCACUUAGUGGUUAUAGUUUUAUUUGUGCUUUUUCACACACAUUAACUCAAUUUUCACAGGAAAUGUAAUAAUCCUGAUAUUAGUUAGUGCAAUAAAACCUCAGUAUUUUGAUUUAACAUUCUCUCCUGAAUAUAACAGCACCCCCAUGUACCAUGUUUCCAGGUUUUAUUGUUUGCUCACAUGAAUAUAACAGUACCCCCACAUACAAUUUGAUCUCACAAAGAGAGUUACUGUGUGAAAAGUUUGCAAAGUUUAAAAAAAAAACUAUUUUAUUACCCUUUGAGUAUUUACCCUAUGAUUAGAAUUUUACUUUGUAAAUUCACAUUUUAACAAGUACUACAAAUGUAUUAUAUUUUGAAUUGUUUGGUGUAGCCACUUUAGAAUAGCUAGCAUAAACAGGGACAGGCCAAGGUCAGGGGAAUCCAGAAGUCAGAGUAGUCGGUAAAACAAGCCAAUGGGUCGGUACAGCCAGCUAACGAAGCGUAGUCAGGACAAGCCGAGGUCAGGGAAUCCAGGGAAAUCCAACAAACUGCCAAAGUCCCAUAAGGAGUGAUUUAACUCAAGUUCAGCUCUGUAUGGUAGACUUUGAAACAGUCUGUUAUGCAGAGGGUGGGUAGAGAUGGGCAGGUUGGGCAAUAAUAACUGGAGUCCUUUCGGACUCCUUUCUUGUAGCAAACACAGCACUUUUUUGUGGUGACCUUUUACACAAUGUGGGGGGGGGAUUUGGGAAGGGAAAUUAUUGCCAAAAAGUCUUUGGACUUCUUCAGAUUCCAAAGGGGAAAGAUUGGGGGCCUGGGCAAAUAAAAUUUCACACAAACUUUUGACCAUAAACUCUAAAAAUGGCUAUGGUCUACCUAUGGCUUCCUUUUUAUAAAGCACAUAGGAGUUGAAAAUGUCAAUCUGGCUCACGUAGAUUGCAAUGUUCUUGUACCAGGUCCUACUCUUUAGGUUCACUAGAUAGGGCUGUAUGCAUUGGUCAGCCAGGUCUACUCCCCCCAUAAACUUGCUGUGGUCCACAACGCAUUUUGGCUUCUCCAGCUGCUCAGUUCCACCUCUCACAGGCACUGGCACUGUAGUUUUGUCAUGCAUUGUAGACAGCAUGAAUACAUCCUUCAUAUCUGUGAACCGAAGGGCAAGCAACUCAUCCUGGUGGAGCGUCGAAAGGGAGCCACUACUGCAUCUGCCUCUUGCCAGGGUUUGGGGGAAUCCUCUGCGAUUCUUCCGCACAGUACCACAGGCUAGGCUAGGGUAUCAAAGCAAAAUACAUUUUUAAAUAAUUCAAAACUUGCAUAAUAGUUGUCAACCCACAGCCUGUACCAUUUAUUUAACAAGUGUAGGAUUAGAUCCCAUACAAUCUUGCCACUUGUACCCACAGAAUCAGGGCUUCCUAGUGUGUCAAGAUGGCUAUCCUUCCCUUGGUAAAUAUGAAACGCCCACGUAUAUCCAGAACUGGACUCACAUAAUCUGUAAUAUUUUACACCGUAUUGGGUCCGUUUUGAAGGGAUAUACUGCUUAAAAAGCAAUCUACCCUUGACCUUCAAUAGGGAUUCAUCUACAUAAAUAUUUUCAUCAGGGACAUAAUUUUGUGAAAAUUUGUCUGACAGGAGUUAGAUUAGGGGCCGGAUUUUGUAGAGCCUGUCAAACAGUGGGUAGUUUCUUGGGGGUUUAGUGCGUUAUCGUUAAAGUGGAGGAAACGCAGCAGCUACUCAUAGCAAUCCCUCUUCAAAACACCUGGGAAAAGAGGGGUAGCCAUGAUGGGGUGCUUGUACCAGUAGGACCUGAUAAUUGGCUCUUUUACUGUGACGGAUCACCCUAACCAUAACUUAUAAUCCCCUAUUUGCGCUUUCGACUAUAUGUUCUGGAUAUUUCAUUCUCAUUCAUUUUGUUAUUCUUGUCAUUCCCUUACCGAAUAAACCACCGAAUGACUGGACCACCCGUACGAGAAGUAUGCCACCUAUUAAAGGUUAUUCCCUCAUUAACACUUCUAACUCAUGAACGUUCCAAGCGGUCGGCUGGGUCGUCGCCAUUUGAAAUGCGAGCACGUGGUGGCGUCCAUCUUAAGCUGCGAACACACAGAGGGGUGUUUGGUCAUCGAGUGCAUGGAACCCAAAUCGGACACUCGACGGCGCGAACACCGCCACCGGACAGUAAUUUUGUGUGCGGUCGGUUAAGCUAAAACCUUCAUGAAAAUCCCGAACCCCUGAACCCCUUUUAGAUAUGCUGUUCACCCAGAUCGGGGCUAUCAGGGGAUGUAACUUUUAUGGGGUUUCCAUUGUGUCAUGCGGUAACACUUCCGGGUUCGGCACUCAGCUGUGAGGAGCCGGACCCCGCCCCCCUCUGACACAGCUCUGACGGUAUUUAGGGAGACUGGGCCAGAGAGAGGGUGCUUGGUGAUUGUGUGUGAGCUGCCUCCGUGAGACCACGGGCUCCACAGGCUCAGCUACUGGGAGCUACUUCCACCAGACUUACCUCUCCACAAGCUCAGACAAGCCGUUCCAGCCUUUGAGCCAAUGCAAGGAUUGCUGCAUGCCAUAAAGGAUUACUGGAGAACGGAUACUUUGCUACUUUACAAGUGGACCAUAUCUCUGAACUAUUGGAGGACUACACAUAUUAACCUUAAGUAUAUCUUUCAGCUAUUUGUCUACAAUAUCAUUUAAUAAUGAACUAAUGCUUGCUUACUCAAAUCUUCACUGCUUCAAGCUACUAAUUAUAUGGAGGACAACUCCCAUCAUGUUUAUUCACUAUGAACUGUUCCUGCUUUGCAAAUAUUCUCAGAUACUUGCGUAAAGUGACUAUUAUUGAAUGAAGUGAAGUGAAGAUUAUUCUCAUUAACCUAAAGAAUGUUACUUAAUGCAUCUUUGAGGAAAUACUUAAUAAUGAACUUUGUGUUGUCUAUUACUUGCACUUCUUCUUAUUGGAUUAUUGCCUAAAUGCAAUUCAUUUAAGUUAAAUACUUAUUAAAACUUUGUUUGAAUCAAGUUACCAGCGAUUCCUCUUUUCUUAAAGCUACAGUAUUGAUACUUUAAAGAUUCUCUGUUUCUUCACUAUUGUAAUUAGGGAGUUUUACAAGCUGCAGUUGAGUUCCAAUCCAAAUCACCCAAGUAGCGUAACACAUGGUUGUGGGGGUACUUUCAGGGUGUUGGUAAAACUUCUGUUUUUUGUGCCUGGAGAUAAUUGUGUUAUUACAGUAUCUGACUCAAUUAUCUCCCACGCAUAGGGGUGGGAUUAUAUAAGUAAGUAUGGGAGUGUCCUGGACCUGGGGGCCAAUGUCAUCGGUUGGUGUUUUUUGUUGCAGGCUACCAUCAGGUCCAGGGGGGAGUACCUCUUACAUGAGGAUUACCAUAAAACCAGUUUUCCCACAACCUAGAGCCUCAUCUCAUGUUUGUGGGAGAAAGCUAUACAGCUGUCUCCCUUCCUCUUGGAGUGCUUUAAUCACUUGAUCUUAUAAGAGCUGUUCCUGCUCUGCUUUCCAGCAUCCCUCCCACUAGGGGGAAAAGAACAUCUCUGGCGGCAGAAAACCUCUCCUAAUAGGGGUGGCCGCCACAUUUACGAUAUCCAUAACUAGAGUUAGAUCCGUGGGAUGCCACAUAUUUCUCCAAUUAUAAUGUGACCCCAGAUUCGCAGUCAGAUAUUGGUUGGCAAAUAAAUUGGUUUGCUCAACCAUUAGCUGAAAUGUCUUCUGACAUGAACAGCUAGAAAUAUUUAAUUGGCUCACAAGCACCGUCCAACGUAUGGUGGUCGGCUGCUCAAUGGCUUCCAAGAUUACACAUGUGCAUACUUGGAUGACAUUGUAAUUUUUAGCAAGACUUGGGAAGAACAUCUAAGACAUAUAGGAGCGAUGGUAGACCAGAUCAGAGAGGCUGGCUUAACCCUGAAAUCCAGCAAAUGCCAUAUGGGAUUACAGAAGUGCAGUGUUUAGGACACCAGCGGGGGGGAGAGGGAAACCUGAACCGGCCAAGGUUGAAGCCAUAGCGCAGUGGUCCACCCCCCGUACCAAAACCCAGGUUCAUCUUGGAACUAUUUUUGGAUAUGCAACCCGGACAUCCAGGAAACUCUGCCCAUCCAACUUACCUAACAGUUAUGAGAAUGGUGAUGAACUACCGAACAGGGGGAGCAUUUGCUCCCUAACAGCCAGGGGGAGCAUUUGUCGGUGCUAGUGUGAGAAUCCCCCAAAAUACAACCAGUCUUUGCCUUGUUUUCUCUGGAACUGUUUUGGGGCAGCACCUCAUGGCUGACCGGUCAAAACUUCAGUCGAAUGACAUUCCCAAACCAACAAAGUGAUCUAAGCGCUAUUUUGACAAAGUGAGCUUGCAGACCCAAGCUACUAGGCUAUUGGGUUCCUAUUUUUUUAAAGUGUAUUUUUUUAAUGAAAAUUUUGAUGUUGCGUAUGAUUUCCUGUAUCUGAGAGAUAAUUGAGUUCUAGUUUUCUCACUCAAUUAUCUCUCAAAAACAGAGACUCUUGGGAGGAAAACCCUUGUGAUUUUGAGGUGGAGACUCCAUAAGAGCCGUGUGUGGCCAAAAUAAACUCAGUUGACUCCCAGAACUAUGUGUCAUCUAGUUGCCUGGGGGAAGGGGUCUUGGAUUACUACAUUAUUUCUUUCAUCUUUGAUUAAAGAAUAGUGAAGAUACCUAUGCAGGGUAUUGGAGCUCCAUUACAAUUGGUGGCAAGCGGCGGGACACAAGCCUCUCAUCGAAAGGAAGCAGCGGUUUCACUUCACUUCAGUCACACAAACGGAUUAAUGAAAGCAGCAGUUCGCUCUCAAGCUGUGGUUCGUAUAUGUUCGGUUAUAUGAAUGGAAUCGUGAAUGGAGACGAACUAUACUGCACUAAAACAAACGACCCUGAAGGAAUUGCUGGAAGAAAGAGGGCAGAUAGCCAGCAAUAAAACAAAGGCAAUGGUUGGGGUUAAUGAGGCGUAUUGAGGGACUUGGGGGAGAGAGGCACAUAGAGGGCAGGCGGGAAGAGGCACACAGAGGCACUGAGGGGAGAAAAGGGACACACAAAGGUGCUGGGGAUGGGGUAAAAGAGACACAGACAUGUGUUUGGUACAAAUGGAUACACAGAGGUUCUAGGGGGGACAACAAGACUCAAUAGGAGCUCUGGGAGGACAAGGAGACACAGAGAGGGCUGAGGAGGAUAAAGAGACAAAGAGGGACUGGGAACAAAUAUACACACAGAGGGGUUGAGGGGCUAAAAAGACACAGAGGGCCAUGGAGGGACAAAUAGACAUACAGAGGGUCUGGGAAGAAAAUUAGAAACACAGAGGGGCUGAGAGGGAGAAAUAGACUUACUAAGGUGCUGGGGUGAAAGAGACACACAGAGGGGCUGAGGAAGGGUAAAAAUAGACACACAAAGGAGUUGGAGGAGAAAGAGACAUAACGUUUUUUUGAGGGUCUUGUCCAGGGUGCAAAAUAGUCUUUCAGGUUGUUGUUUUUUUGUGUCUUUUUUUUGGAUUAAGGUUUUCUUUUUAUUUUAAUAAGAAGAGGGUUUCACUAUUCUGGCCCUUUUGGGGAAGAAGAUAAGAAGAAUUAGGAGAAAGAAGACUUCUAAUGUUCUAAUGUUAACUGCAUUUUUUUUCCAACAGGUAUUGGUUUAAUUGCCCCCUAUCACUAUUAUUGGAUUGAGGUAGGUAGAUUCUUUGAUUUAUUUUAGGAGGAGAAGCCACCUUGGGGGGGGAGGGGGGAGCAUAACAUUAUUUGAGUGCGUGGGCAAUAGGUCCUCACCCAUGAUGAUUAAUAUUAUGGCCCACAAACGUCGGCCAUGGGUGAGAGCUUACAUUUGUGGGCCCUAAUUAGAUUCUAAUUCUAAGUAGAUUAUUUCCCAUAAUAUGCAUAUUAUGGCCCACACCUGCCUCUAAUGAGUGGGAGCUGGGGGGAUACUAGUUCCUCCCCAUUAAUAUUGGAAUAGCUUCUACCUGAUAACCAUGGAUGGGGGAAUGGGUUGAAUAUGAGUAUGUUCCGCCUGACUGUUGGCCCACAGAUGGAAACACGGAUGUGCUAAGCCCCCUCCUCCAGUUUUUUCACAGGCCUCAUCCCCAUUUGUUGGGGUCUUUUCUAGUGAAUAGGUAGAAAUUGCUGCCCAGUCACUAGUUUUAAACAUUUAGGAGACAAGCGGGUGGGGGCAUAUGGAACAACCUCCAUUAUAGCAAUAUGGGGGGCCAACAAUAAGUGAUUUAUUCAUUUUAAUGUUGCCAGCCACCAAUUAACCUACGCAUUUCUGAAGAUUUUUAACUAUUUGCCCAAUAGUUGCUUAGACAGUUCCUGAUGCAGGACCUGAUGCUAAGAGGGAGAUCUCAGCUCCUCCUACUGUAUUAUAGCAUUGCCAUGCAUUUCCCACCAGACCACCAGAUAAACCUCUUGACCACCAGACCACUAGGUGACACGUUAUUUAAUUUUUAAUUUUAUUUUUUUUAUGUAACGUUCUCCUUAGUUCCUUAAAGAGAUACUCCCCAUGUCCAAAUACAAAAUAAUCACUGUUUAGCAGAUAUACUUCAAAUUAAACUUUUUCAUUGUAGUUAUAUCUAAAAACAGCUUGCAAAACCUGCAGAUCUUUUCUAACCCCACUCAGACUUUCUGUGGCUGUCCAAUCAGUUCAGUGAGAAAUCUUUGUAAGUCAGGUGCUCUGGUCAAUUGAUGCCUGUUGCGUUCAGUGCAAAAGAGCUAACCAAACCAGGAAGUAACAUUACUUGUUGUCUGAUGACAGUAAGUAGAGGGUGUAACCAGUUUAAUUUAUAAAAGUGUAAAUUUCUAUUGAAAAAAAAAAAUAGGACCACUCUUCACAUAAAGAUUUUCAGCAAGCAAAAAUGGUCUGGAGUGUCCCUUUUACUACUCCACCCCUAACCCCCCACUAAAGGUCCUAACACCCACUAAGGCUUCCACUACAGCUCAUAAACCCUACUUUAGUAUCUAAUGCUCCUAACUCCACCAUUUAGCCUCUAAACCCCUCAAAUAGCCCUAACCCCCACUACUGUCCCUAAAUACCCUAUCCCACACUACUACCCCUAAUCCCUACUAGAGCCCCUUACAGCCUCUUAACCCCCACUAUAGCUCCUAACUAUAGCUCCACUACUGCCUUUAUAACCCUCUGAAGCUUCUGUCCCACAAUACUUCCCUAACCCCCACUACAUCCCCAUCCUUCACUACUGCCACUAAACCCCAUUCCUGGGGUUAGUGACUGUAAUAUUGACAUAAGAUGCAUCAUUACAGCUACUAUCCUUAUUUCCAUACUACAGCCACUAUCCUACACUAACCCCUUCACUACACCUACUAAACCCCCACUACAGUCUCAAACACCCACUACAUCCCCAUCCCUCACUACUGCCACUAGACCCCAUUACUGCCCCAUCCAUCAUUACAGCUACUAUCCUUGUUUCCAUACUACAGCCACUAUCCUACACUAACCCCCUCUCUACAGCUACUAAACCCCCACUACAGUCCCAAAUACCCACUACAUCCCCAUCCCUCACUACUGCCACUAAACCUCAUUACUGCCCCAUCCAUCAUUACAGCUACUAUCCUUAUUUCCAUACUACAGCCACUAUCCUACACUAACCCCCUCUCUACAGCUACUAAACCCCCACUACAGUCUCAAACACCCACUACAUCCCCAUCCCUCACUACUGCCACUAGACCCCAUUACUGCCCCAUCCAUCAUUACAGCUACUAUCCUUAUUUCCAUACUACAGCCACUAUCCUACACUAACCCCCUCUCUACAGCUACUAAACCCCCACUACAGUCCCAAAUACCCACUACAUCCCCAUCCCUCACUACUGCCACUAAACCUCAUUACUGCCCCAUCCAUCAUUACAGCUACUAUCCUUAUUUCCAUACUACAGCCACUAUCCUACACUAACCCCCUCUCUACAGCUACUAAACCCCUACUACAGUCCCAAACACCCACUACAUCCCCAUCCCUCACUACUGCCACUAAACCCCAUUACUGCCCCAUCCAUCAUUACAGCUACUAUCCUUGUUUCCAUACCACCGCCCCCCACCUGCAACUAUAUUGGACUGAAGGGGAGCUAACUUGAAUCUCCCUUCCCAUCUUGUACUAAAUGUAAAUGUAACUACUUCCCACAUGUAUUUCCCACACCUCACACAUUGCCACACACAACAGUCACAGAGGCACAAACGUAUCACUCACAGCUCCUCACACAGCUACACAUACCACUCAUAGCUAUCCACACACAAUACACACAGCCCGCCUUAUACACCACACACACACAAAGCUACAACACGUACAGCCACCCUACACCUACACACCCACACCACACAUCCACUCAACAUUUUAAUAAAUAUUCACAUUACAUAACUCUACAAAAUAACAUAAGGAAAACAUUUCCCAGUGCACACCUUAAUGAAAUGGGCUAUGAAUGCCUAUGAUUACUUUAUUUAAGUUUCGUUUUUGAAUUAAUUUUAAAGGCACCAGAACCACUUUAGGCACCAGAACCCGUACAGCUUUAUGCAGGAUUCUGGGGCAAAAAAAAAUAAUGAUAAAUAAAAUAAUGAUCUCAGCCAGAGGAGGCUUGGUGGAGAGGUGGGGCUAAUAAACUCAAUAAUUAGUAUAACAUUCUAGCAUGAGGAAUACAAUAUUAUUUGAGCUUUCUAUUUCUAACCUUCCGAUCUCUGACAAUCCAGCAUUUCAGAUAAAUGAUAUUAAUUAUAAGAAGGUUACAGUGUGUGAGGGUCCUUGACUGGUAGAGCAGGAUGUGGUUUUUGCCUCAUACAUAUGUAGGUUAUUAGUUUAACAUCAGAGGUAGAAGAGGAAUGAAUGUAACUGUGCUCUGUCACUCUGUAAACCUGGGGGGGGUGAGGGGAGGAAUGGGGGUUACAGUGCACCUUGACAAUAUGGCUUUAUUUUCCACACAAACCUGCUUAACGUGAGUGGAAUCAUGUCAUGGGUGGGGGAAAUACCUAACUUUUUUUUUUAUUCAGCUGGGGGUUAAUUUUACACUUGUGAAAUCUUAUUUACCUGCGAAAAUAUUAUUUUAAAGGAACACUCCAAGCACCAUUACCACUGUGGCCCGCUGUAGUGAUUAUGGUCCCAGCAGGUCUCUGGCACCCUCCAAGCGUAACUGGUUAAAAUAUUUGUGAAAGGUCUGACAAAUUACCUGACUCUACUAGGCGCACAUUACAGCCUCCUGUGGACGCACCUGUACCACCUGACUGUUGUCGGCCAAUGAGCUAAGCCCUGCAUCGUUCACAACUACUUACCCUGGGAGGGCUCAUUCGCACUCCUGUCACCAUAACUACAUUGGUCUGUAAUGUUAUUUUAUUAAUAUUCUAUGAUUUUAUAGUGAAUUUCUUUCAACUGGAGAUAUGAUUGAUGGAAAUGAUACUCUGUCUUAGUCAUACCAAUUGAUAGCAGUAACGGGCUAGUAGUCUGGGAGCCGAGAGCUGCCUCUCUAAGCCAGUCUAUGAUGCUUAUUGCUGCUCUAUCCUGAGCAGAAGAGGGGAGACAUUGCUGCGCUAUCCUGAGCAGUAGAGAGGAGACAUUGCUGUGCUAUUCUGAGCAGUAGAGGGGAGACAUUGCUGCACUAUCCUGAGCAUUAGAGAGGAGACAUUGCUGCGCUAUCCUGAGCAGUAGAGGGGAGACAUUGCUGUGCUAUUCUGAGCAGUAGAGGGGAGACAUUGCUGCACUAUCCUGAGCAUUAGAGAGGAGACAUUGCUGCGCUAUCCUGAGUAGUAGAGAGGAGACAUUGCUGCGCUAUCCUGAGCAGUAGAGGGGAGACAUUGCUGCGCUAUCCUGAGCAGUAGAGGGGAGACAUUGCUGCGCUAUCCUGAGCAGUAGAGGGGAGACAUUGCUGUGCUAUUCUGAGCAGUAGAGGGGAGACAUUGCUGCACUAUUCUGAGCAUUAGAGAGGAGACAUUGCUGCGCUAUCCUGAGCAGUAGAGGGGAGACAUUGCUGUGCUAUUCUGAGCAGUAGAGGGGAGACAUUGCUGCACUAUUCUGAGCAUUAGAGAGGAGACAUUGCUGCGCUAUCCUGAGCAUUAGAGAGGAGACAUUGCUGGGCUAUCCUGAGCAGUAGAGGGGAGACACUGCUGCGCUAUCCUGAGCAUUAGAGAGGAGACAUUGCUGCGCUAUCCUGAGUAGUAGAGAGGAGACAUUGCUGCGCUAUCCUGAGUAGUAGAGGAGAGACAUUGGCACGCUAUCCUGAGCAUUAGAGGGGAGACAUUGCUGCACUAUUCUGAGCAUUAGAGAGGAGACAUUGCUGCGCUAUCCUGAGCAUUAGAGAGGAGACAUUGCUGGGCUAUCCUGAGCAGUAGAGGGGAGACACUGCUGCGCUAUCCUGAGCAUUAGAGAGGAGACAUUGCUGCGCUAUCCUGAGUAGUAGAGAGGAGACAUUGCUGCGCUAUCCUGAGUAGUAGAGGAGAGACAUUGGCACGCUAUCCUGAGCAUUAGAGAGGAGACAUUGCUGCACUAUUCUGAGCAGUAGAGAGGAGACAUUGCUGCGCUAUUCUGAGCUAUUCUAUUUUUACAACUGCGCUGUAAUCGCACUAUUUGACGCUUAUAUUUGACUCUCAGAUAUGAAGAGCACACCAAAAUGUACUAUUUAGCAGUUUAGCAGCAAAACAGUUAGAAUGUUUACAAUUGUGCUGUAAGCGCAGUAUUUGACGCUUCUAUUUGACUCUCAGAUAUGAAGUGCACCCCACUAAUGUACUUUUAAGCACCCAAAAAAAAAUUACUUUUUAAAACUCUGAUGUAGCCGUAGUAUUUGACGCUUCUAUUUGACUCUCAGAUAUGAAGUGCACCCCACCCAUGUACUAGUUUGCAGAAUUCUUUCCUAAGCUGUCCCUUACAGAGGCAGCAUCCUCUCCCUACACUAAUAAGACCGCAUGUGCGUGCGGCGCUACACGACUCCAGCUUAUAUAUUGAGGCUGGGUCACAUGCUGCACUGGCCAGUCACAGCCAUGCCAUUAGUAAGCAUGGCUGUGGUGGCUUCUAAGGGCACACGAGUCAAACGCUUGUUGAUUGGCUGCCUGCAGCCUUUCAAAAUGCUCCAUUAAAUCGCCGAACACCGAACUCCAACCUGAACAUACAGUGAUAUGUCCGUGUUCGGGUCCGGGGUCCAAAAAACGUAAUGUUCGGUACGAACCCGAACUUUACAGUCCGGGUUCGCUCAACUCUACUGGAGACAUUGCUGCGAGUAUUAUUGGAGACACAUUACUGUGAGCAUUAUCAGCAACACAUUACUGUGGGUAUUAUUAGCAACACAUUACUGUGGGUAUUAUUGGAAACAUUGCGUUGAGUAUUAUUGGAGACAGAUUACGGUAAGUAUUAUUGGAGACAAUAAUGUGAGUAUUAUUGGAGACACAUUACUGUGAGUUAUAUUAGAAACAUUAAUGUGAGUAUUAUUGGAGACAUUACUGUGAGUAUUAUUAGAAACAUUGCUGCGAGUAUUAUUGGUGACACAUUACUGUGAGUAUUAUUAGAAAUAAUACUGUGAGCAUUAUUAGAAACACAUUACUGUGAAUCUUACUAGAAACAUUACUCUGAGUAUUACUAGAAACAUUACUGUGCAGAUUAUUGGAAACACAUGACUGUGAGUAUUAUUGGAGACAGGGCUGGCCUUAGGCCAUUAGGCGCCCUGUGCGAAAAGUCUUCACGGCGCCCCAUCCCCCCAGUAAAAAGCUGUAUACAGUCACACUCACAGGCACAAGCAGACAGUUACACAAACAGUUACAAGCAGACAGUCAGACACACUCAGUUACAGGCAUGCAGACACUCACGCAUGAUGAUGGGUACACACACACUCAGUUAAUACACACUGUGUAUUUUUUUAAUUCAAAGUUUCUUUGUAAAAUAUUUUCCUUAUUUUAAUUUGCUCUAUAUGUACAUUAGAGCGUUUAACCAUUAAUACACAUACAAAUCCACAGAUCACAUGUCGCAUAUACAUAGAUAGACACAGUCACAUACAGAUAACUAACAUUACUAACAUGAAUUUUUUUCAGGAAUUCUAAGCGGAUUUCAUAUUUGGCGCCAAAAUAGCUGAAUUCGAAGCACAGGUGACUUUGAAAUUCACUGACAAUUGUCGUUUUAGUGAAGAAGCUUGUCAGAUAUGAACACACAUGAUGUACACAGACACAUCAUAAAACGCAGUCACAGAUAUACACACAUUAUCACAGUUAGGGUACAGAUGAGGGUAUAUGACAGACAGGAUAGGUAGGUAGUCUUACACCAGCAGACUAAUGCUGAUGUAACACCACCUAUACUCAGCAUCUUCUUUCCCUGUCACAGACUGGAGGAGUUUCUGUGGCUGGGAACUCAAGGCUGUAUUACAGUCUCCUACCUUGUCCCAAGCUGCCUCUGCUUCCAUGCAGUGCCCAUUCUCUCUGGUGCCCGAUCACAAGUCUCCUCUGUCCCCGAUCUCCAGUGCUGGCCUCUGGUGGGCUGGAGGUGAAUAGCAGGGAGUGCUGAUCAUAACUUCUCCCUCGAGGUUCUGGCGCUGUGUGGAGUCAGAGCGCGGCCUGGGAAUCUCUGAGGCUGCGCUCUGACUCACUAACUGAGCGCCAGAAGUGCGAGGGAGAAGUUAUGAUGAUCUGGCUGCAGCUCCUGCUAGGUGCACCACUGGACCAUCAUGGAGUAAUUUUUCAUGUAACAGGAUGGACUCAGCUUGUGAGCUGUGUCGGCUGCCAGGGCGCCCCUUGUGUUAUGGCGCCCUGUGCGACCGCACAGCUCGCACACCCCUAAGGCCGGCCCAUUUGGAGACAUUUCUCGGAGUAUUAGAAAUAAUACUGAGAGCAUUAUUAGAAACACAUUACUGAGAGUAUUAGAAACAUUAUGGUGAGUAUUAUUAGAAACAUUACUGUGAGUAUUAUGGGAGACAUUACUAUGGGUAUUAUUGGAGACACAUUACUGUGAGUAUUAUUAGAAACAUUACUGUGAGUAUUUUUGGAGACCCAUUACUGUGAGUAUUAUUAUUAUUAUAAACACAUUACUGUGAGUAUUAUUAGAAACAUUACUGUGAGUAUUUUUGGAGACCCAUUACUGUGAGUAUUAUUAUUAUUAUAAACACAUUACUGUGAGUAUUAUUAGAAACAUUACUGUGAGUAUUUUUGGAGACCCAUUACUGUGAGUAUUAUUAUUAUUAUAAACACAUUACUGUGAGUAUUAUUAGAAACAUUACUGUGAGUAUUAUUAGAAACAUUACUGAGUAUUAUUGGAGACACAUUACUGUGAGUAUUAUUGGAAACAUUAUUGAGAGUAUUUUUGGAAACAUUACUGUGAGCAUUAUUGAAAACAUAUUAUUAGAAACAAUACUGAGUAUUAUUGGAGACCCAUCACUGUGAGUAUUAUUAAAAACAUUACUGUGAGUAUUACUGGAGACACAAUAAUGUGAGUAUUAUUAGAAACAAUACUGAGUAUUAUUGGAGGUACAUUUCUGUAAGUAACACUAGAAACAUUACUGUGAGCAUUAUUUUGAAACACAUUACUAUGAUAAUUAUUGGAAACAUUGCUGUGAGUAUUAUUGAAGACAACUUGCUGUGGGUAUUAUUGCUGUGGAGCAGUAUUACAGAUUGACAUUGAACUGAGAGCAUCUCUAUUUCUGUCAACUUUCCACACUCUAUAUUAUCUUGGCAAGAGCACUUGGUAUCCCUCUCCAUGACACCGGCCUCACACAUUACCUGCUUCAUGCCUCCUGUCCCAUAUUAUUAUUAUUAUAAUAAUUACUGGUAUUUACAAAGUGCCAUCAACCUCUGUAGUGCUGUACAAUGGAGGAAUUCCACAGACAAACAUUGAAGGAAAAGAGGGCCCUGUCCUUGAGUUCACAUCUAGCAAGAAAAACUCUUUUUUACGAAGUACUUUGCUCGAUAGUGAGAUUACAAUCUAAAUGUUAGACAAGAGGAUUCAGGGGAAUUUGAAGGUCAUGUUCUGGGAUUGAGGCCUUGUAGUAAUGUAUAAAUAUAUAUAUUUCCAGUCCUAAGAAAAAAUGUCUUAUGGAGUAAAUACCUCCAGCUUUUCGAACCUGAAACAGGUGAAACCGUGCCGAGUUUGACAUGUAAAAUCAGUUUUUAAUGACUAUAAAUAUUUUCUCUGUUCUAGGUUCAGUGGGGGCAGUUAGCAUUACUGUCCAUCAGCUCCACGUGGGCGGGUAUGAGAACAGUUCUGUCAUUCUCUCCACCUCGUAUAAUCUCUCUAAGCCGCUCACAUGGCUUCAGAUCAGAUGGGAAUUGGUCAGCCUGUCUCCUCCACUGCAACUUGUCAUCUGCACCAUUCGUUUGUCCGAAGAAGGAAGCAUUAUAAAACAAUUCCCAGAGAAUGGCUAUGAGGAUCGAAUGUUUAUAACACCAGGGAAUGGUUCGUUAACAAUUAACCAUAUGCAGAACAAUGACAGUGGGCUAUAUAGAGUAACAAUAAGAGACAAGCAGGUAUCUGAGAUAGCUACCAUCAAUGUCACUGUAUUUGGUAAGUAGAACAUAGGUACUCAUGAGGAAUCUCAGAGGCAGUCAAUGGCCACAUGUCUGACCACAUCUGAUGCUCCAUUGCAAUUAGUGGUGUGUACGGAGGACCAGUGCCCUCUGAUACUCUCAUGAAGUUCAGUAUAGGUUUUACCCACAUAGUUUAGACUACGAAGACACUGUAACUUUCAACUACCAAAUGUAUAGAUACAUAUGGUCCUGUACUGGAUCUGAAAUUGUUUACCAGUAUGGGGGGUGGGGGGGUGAUGAUGGUUCAACCACGGGUCACACAGCUUUUGUAGAAAAAAAAAGACAGGAUUGUCACUUUUUGUGCGCAAUGUAGGGUAGUGUGUACAAAUAAUUCAAAUGAGGUUCCCUCUUGUAGCUCAAUAAAAGGAGAAUGAUGAUAACUCCCUGUGAGACUGGUAUCCUUCCCCAAUAUCGUCACAUUCCAUGAAACUGCCUCAUUACAGAGUCCAGAGCACACAUUGUAAGCCUGAACACAUGCCAUGCAUUGUGAGACAUUAUACGAUUUAUUUAAAAAUUUUGAUAUUUCACAGUAGCAGUGAUCGAGGCAUUAUUCUGGAAAAAAGUUGUGUAAUCUGGAUUAAUUGAGCUUCACAUCUAUCAAUUUCCAAAUUGCUGUCAAGCAUCUUCAAAAAUUGUGAAACUGAACAAGAUGCCUCGAAAAGUUCAAAGUGAAAACUUUGCUUGUAAUCAAGUCCUACAGUCUGUUUGUUUGUUUUUUUUAUCAUACAUAUACAGCAAACUCUCACCAGUGUAUCGAGUCAUUUACUAAUUUAUGGCUUAUUAUCUUUUGUGCAGAAGAAAUUCAGGAAUUUGUGGAUAUUGAAAUAGAAGACAACUGGGAGGUCACUGCAGGUUAGUGAAUGUCUGAAUAACAGAUACCUUUUAUGUUACUAUUAGAUUACAAGCUCAUGGACUCUCUGUAUUAAAAGGUUGUGUAGCGGCAUCCCAGCAGAGAGAGGGGUUUUCACCGCCAGGAGAUUUCCUUUUCCCCCACUUGAUGAGAGGGAGGCUGUAGAGUAGAGCAGGAACAGCUCUUACAAGAGCUAGUGAUUACAACACUCCAGAAAAGUGUCCCAAUAGCAGGGAUUAUAGUAGGUGUGGCUUUCCCCUUCAAGCACGAGACGAGGCUCUGUGUUGAGGGUAAAACAGGAACUGAAUUUUAAUGGAGGCAUGCUGGCCUUUUAUGCAGGUUUCCCAACAAGGGUGACACCCAGGUGGACCUUGUUGGGCAUAAGGACACAAGAUUAACAAGUCAAUGACAACAGAGUUUUACAUUGAGACACUCCCAUACAUUAUGCACAAUCCCUCCCCUGUGCUUGGUAAGUAAUUGACUUAAUUAUUGUAUUAUUAUUAUUUAUAUAGCGCCAUCAGAUUCCGUAGCGCUGUACAAUGGGUGGACUAACAGACAUGAAAUUGUAACCAGACAACUGGACGUACAGGAACAGAGAGGUGGAGGGCCCUGCUUACAUUCUAUCAACUCAAUUAUCUCCAAACAAAAAAGAACAAGUUUUUAUACAUUUUUGAAAACACCCUAAAAACAUAUGAGAACCCCAUAAUACCUGCAUCCCCUGGUAGCCCUGAUCUGGGGGAACAACAUACUUAAAAAUCACCCAGUUCGGUUCAGGGGUUCAAAAGUUAACUGGAAGUCUCUUUUUGACCGACCGCAGGUAAGGUUUAAUGCUCAAAAUAGUUCCAGAGAAUUAGGCUGUCUGGCCGGUCUAUUUCAACCAGUCGAAGUAAUGUUCAAAUAGUCGAAUGGAGCCAUUCAUGCACAGAGCCAGUGAGUGUAUCUGGUUUGGUAGAUUAUUUCUACCGAACGGCGCUUCGUUUGUGCAAUUCCAGUCUUACCUAACAGGAGAUGGAAGUCCCAUCGGUGCUCAUGCCGUCGAGUGUCCGAUUUUAAUUCCAUGCGCUCAACGACAAAACCCCGCUAGACUUGUUCGACUAAACAAGAUGGCCGCCACCACGUGUUCGACUAUACGAGUGGCGGCCACCCAGCCUUUCGUCAAUUAAACUGCGGUUAACCACAAGUCUGGGAGGUUAAUAGACUGCACACUCCUCUGCUGGGGGGUCGGUCGUUCGGUAGUUGGUUUGGUUUUUGGAAGAAGAUCAGGGUAGUCGUAGAGAAAGUUACGAUUGCAGAACAAACCGACGAACUAAGAAAUAAAAUAUAAAAUCCAGAGAGGUCUGUAACAGGUUGUAAAUACUACAUCUCAGUUUACCGACAUGAUCUCUGUUUUUUAUGUACCAGUCCAUAUAUCUUAUGUUGUCUGGUUUCCCCAAAUGUACAGAACUGCUGAAUACAUUGGAGCUUUAUAAAUAUUAGUACUAUAAAUAAUAAUUAUUAUUUGUAAUAUUAUGACUUCCCAAGGUACACAAACAGAGUAAAACAUAUUAAGAAGUAAUCUUCAACAUGACUUAUUUUAAUGUAGCAGUACUACCUUAUGUACUGGCGGUCACAGUAUGCUCCAUAACGUCACUGACCUCACUAUAAUAAUCCCACAGUACCGGCUGUCACAGAAUGUUCCGUAACGUCACUGCCCUCGCUGUAAUAAUCCCCGCAGUACCGGCUGUCACAGUAUGUUCCGUAACGUCACUGCCCUCGCUGUAAUAAUCUCAGUAUUACCGGCUGUCACAGUAUGUUCCGUAACGUCACUGCCCUCGCUGUAAUAAUCUCAGUAUUACCGGCUGUCACAGUAUGUUCCAUAACAUCACUGCCCUCGCUGUAAUAAUCCCGCAGUACCGGCUGUCAUAGUAUGUUCCAUAAUGUCACUGCCCUCGCUGUAAUAAUCCCCUCAGUACCGGCUGUCACAGUAUGUUCCGUAAUGUCACUAUCCUCGCUGUAAUAAUCCCGCAGUACCGGCUGUCAUAGUAUGUUCCGUAAUGUCACUGCCCUCGCUGUAAUAAUCCCAGCAGUACCGGCUGUCAUAGUAUAUUGGUAUCACACAAAUUUUCACCAGGAAAUUUAAUGAAAGGUGCUGCUUAUUGAUUCAUGCAUGGCAGUAAAAGAGAUCACAAAAAUGUAGAACAAACAGCUCUACAAAUUAUAGUGGGAGGAACUGAAAACGAACUAUAGGACAACUGGUCUACUUGUGCGUCUACCACAAACACUUCCUCAGCAGUUUCAUUUUAGCCAAGACAAACAACAACCUUAAACAGGAACCACCAUAUCAGGAACCACCAUAUCAGCCACAAUCUGUUGUCCUGUUUACUGUAUCCUAAACACCGUUUGAGAGGCAUGUAAAUUUAUAUACAAAGAGAUCUUUAAAUACACAUACAACUGGAAGCCCUUUAAAUCAUUGUAAAGGAACAUUAGGAAUGCAAACAUGUGUUCCUGACAAUGUAGUGUUUAAACAACCAUUUAGCCCCCUUCCCCCUCCCCCCCCGGCCUUCUUGCAUUCCUAAAUAUAGUAAAAUAUUACUUUUAUUCAAGUCUGCAGCUGCUGGCUCUACCCCUGAUAUCUCUGUUUGGUUGAGAUCAUCAUAAGUGAUUCUCUGAACCAAACAUUAUGCUUUCCCAUAGGAUUGUCUGAGACUGUCAAUGAGGGGCAGAGCCAGCACAAGUCAAACACAGCCCUGGCCAAUCAGCAUCUCCUCAGAGAUACAUUAAAUCAAUGCAUGUCUAUGAGGAAAGUUCAAUGACUCCAUGCAGAGGGUGGAGAUACUGAAUGUCAGUCACACUGUGCAGCACUGCCCCAGGAAGCACUUCUAGCAGCCAUCUGAAAAGUAGCCAGUGGAGGUAUCCCUAGGCUGUAAGGUAAACACUGCAUUUUCUCUGAAUAUACAGUGUAUACAGCAAAUAUCAUGAAGAAACUGAUUAUACUAUAGUUGUUCUGGUGACUAUAGUGUCCCUUUAAUAAAAUAUGCAUCAUUCUCUAUAGAGAAUCUAUUUUAAGGAUGGUGCUCUCGUAGUGUCCGUAGUGUAUUACCAGAGCUCUAUUUUCUGUCCUCCCUCCCUAUAUUAAUUCAGAGUUUAGACCUGCUUGUCACGGUGUGUUAAUAGAAUGGUCUGUCGUGUGGCCAUGUAUCAAUAAACAGCACUUUUCAUGGAACUUCUUGGUGAAAAGUUAUGGGACAUUGAGUGCAGGUUUUUGUUUUUUCUUAUUUGCUUAUUGUCCAUUUGCUAACAGUCUUUUGUAGUAUUUAGACUCUGAAUCUUUUGCCCAAACUCUACUUUAUGAAACUAUCACACUUUCUUGUUCUGGAAAAAAAUGAUCUUCAGAUAAACAGGUAACAGGUACUAUGAUAGGGUGUAGAUUAAAUAAGAGCUAUUUACUUCACAGUAAGAAAUGGUGGCGAACAUGAUGGAAUCUGGGAUUAUAAUAAUUCCCAAAUAUAAAUGGUACUUUAUGUGGUACUUUCACCCUCAUGACUAUAUCGCAGAACAUCCCCUGAAUCAGUAGGUUUCCCUCACAACUCUCCUACAUUAUAAGUGAAUGUUUCUAACAUGUGAAUUGUCGUGGAUUCAAAGUGAAUUUAAAGGCAGCACUGUCACUAUUUGGGGACUUCCGACAGUUAAGUCUCCACUGGAGGUUCCGUUGGCAGGGUGGACAUGUAAGGGUGAGAUUUACUUACGAGCACGGCCAUCUUUAUUCGGUAGGUCCUCUUGGACGCCAACGUCACUGCUGUGCUCUCACACAUGCGUGAGAGUACAGUAUUGAUGUCUAUGGAGAUCUUUCCAAAGACACAGCCAUCACUGGUGACAGCUGUCAGGAUGACACUAGACACUGCCCUGAGUUUAAGAAAGUCAAGCGGAGGAGAAAUACAAAUACUCCCUACUUUAUCUCUGUUAUAUUUCAGAAUUAGCAUUUCAUAAAGAUUCUAUUUUACAUGAAAUACACAUUUUUCUGGGGAUAGAGGAGGUUGGGGGGCAGUGGUGGGGGUGUGGGGGGGACAGUGACGCUUUAGAUAUCUAAAACCUGCCUGACAGAAAGCCACAUACAGUUACUGGUAUUUCACUCACGUAGGUGUUUUUUUACAAUGAAAUCCUGCUUUGUUUCACAAGCCCCCCUUGAUUUGUUAAAGGUUUGGUUUGCUGUAGAGAAUAACAGGAAGCAGAGAGAACGUGUCCUGAAAUUGAUGUAAAAGGAGCACAGAGUAUGUGGUUUAAAAACAGCUGAUUUUUGUGAGUGAAAAUGUGUCAGAGUUCAUGGAAAUUCAUAUAAAUAUAGAAACGAAUCAAAUAAAGUAUGUAACACUACAUGUAGACCAGCAAUGCAUGUAAUGCAGCAGGUCCGGUAUGAUGUAUUCGAGAUCAGGAAGGAGGUUCAGCGCUGAUAGGAAAACAGAGAAUAUGACAGCAAGGCAGCACACCUAUGGAAAAGGGGAAUCCCCUCUAAGCCCCUUGGAAUACAAUGGAGAGAAAAGCACAAAUAAGGGUGCGCCUAAGACAAGUAGAAUGAGUGUAUAAAAAUAUGUAUCAGAGAGUCCAAGCAGCGAUACCUAGAAAGUGAAAUAUAAAUAAUCCACAUAUGCAGGAGGUAGUCCUAGUGCUACAUAAAAUGGUAUGUUGAAGUCCCAGAUGUAUAUGUAGUAAUGCUUUCAAUGCAGCAGGUAGGGUAGUAGGUAUUUAAUGCAGCAGGUAUGGUAAUAAUGUAAUUGAUGCCAAAGGUAUGGUAAUAAUGCAAUUAAUGCAGCAGGAGUGGUAAUUGUUAUGCUACACUUGGAAACAGGCAAUUCAAGGAACACAACUGCAGAUAAUUUUAGGCGUACUGUAGCUUUAAGAGAAUUGAGGAGGUCAAUUUAGAAGCUAAGAUACUUUUUUUAAGUUUAACUUCCAAUAUCUCCAAUAAUGAUGAAUAUAGUAGACAGUUGCAGUUAUUAGUGAGAACAGUAUAGUUGCAGCUUGUAAAGAAAUCGGUGGAUGGCGUAUGGGUGGUAUAAUCCCCACCUUAGGAUUCUUGGUUACAGUUCACAAGCUAUGGACAGAAAAAGGGGUAGUGAGUAAGUGAGGAGUACUGAAUAAAAUAAACUUGCAAAUAGUAAAAUAAUUAAAGCAUUAAUAACUAAGUAAGUAAUAAUGCAAUACAGUCAGUAGGUAUGGUAAUAAUGCAAUUAAUGCAGCAGGUGUGGUAAUAAUGCAAUACAGUCAGUAGGUAUGGUAAUAAUGCAAUUAAUGCAGCAGGUGUGGUAAUAAUGCAAUACAGUCAGUAGGUAUGGUAAUAAUGCAAUUAAUGCAGUAGGUAUGGUAAUAAUGCAAUUAAUGCAGCAGGUGUGGUAAUAAUGCAAUUAAUGCAGUAGGUAUGGUAAUAAUGCAAUUAAUGCAGCAGGUGUGGUAAUAAUGCAAUUAAUGCAGCAGGUGUGGUAAUAAUGCAGUUAAUGCAGCGGGUGUGGUAAUAAUGCAAUUAAUGCAGCGGGUGUGGUAAUAAUGCAGUUGAUACAGCAGUUUACUAAAACUCGCUACAUGUUCAGAAUUCAGAUAAAGACACUGCCUACUGCGAGGGCUUUUUGCUCUGGAAAUUAAAUAGACUUCAUUCUGGAUCCCAAGGGGGCUGAAACCCAGGGCGAUGUCCCUUCUCCAGAGACUGUAAAAAUUGUUUCAUGGUUUGUAUUAAAGCAUCCCAUUCAGGUAAGACCCCUGCGCCAAGACCCCCUAAAGCACACCCAGGUAAACCAGCGUACUCACCAGCAGCAAUGGAAUGUGAAGGCAGCUGCGGCCCCAUAACCUGGUCACCAGGUUGCAGCGGACCCACAGGAGCUGUAACCGCAGGAGGGACUGCACCAGCGACAGCGUCAGAGAACCGCACAGUGAGGCGACCAGGGUCCAUCUGUGAAGAGAGUAAAGGUGAAAAGGAACCCAACCCUCCCACCCCCGCUGUGAAAGCGCCUGGAGAGGCGGAUGGGAAACCAGCAGGCGUAGGGCCAGGAGGGGUAGAAUGGGACCCAUCAACGAGAGUGCCUGGAGCAGGAAGUGACAGUCCGGGAUGAUGGGGAGGGGGGGCAGGUAAGCCAUGAUGGGCCCCCACCAUGAGAGGGCCAGCUGAUGGGGCAGUGUGCCAGGGGCAGGUCCAGUAGGACCAGAAAGGGCCCCAGCUGCGAGGGGGCCAGGUGAGGAGGAGGGGAGGAGGGAAGGGACAGAUACAGUGGAAAGGGGGGGAGUGCCAACCACUAAGGGACCAACUGUUGGUGGAGGGGCAUUAGGAAAUGUGACAGGUGCAGGCCCAGGGGAGGCAGAGAGGGAAGGUAGAGCAGGAGGGGAGCUGCUAUGGGGGUGAGGCGAUCCAGCCUCCUUACCACGGCCCCCUGAACCCCCCCCGGAAACAACCCUGCCGACCUGCCGCCUACUCACCCGACCGGAAGAAUGGGUUAGCAACCCACGGAUCGCCGGAGCCCCAACCCGCGAAGAUCUUGUAGCUGGUGCCCUCCUGUCCAAAGGUCUCGCGGCCGCCCUCCGCAAAGCCCGCGAGACCGGAGGGGAUGGAGUGUUGGGGGCAGCGUGGCCCGCAUCCGACCGCUGCGUGGCCACCUGCCGGCCUCCCCGAGCCCUGCUCGGGGAGGAGGUGCUAGGAGCGCGGGAAACCUCGCCGGCCGCGGCCGCAUGGGAACUGGCACGCGGCCCGGCCACAGGGCUCCUGCUCCUGCCCCUCACCCGACCCUCCCGCGAGGGGCUAUACCGGGUGGGGGGGGUGACUGGAGCCAGAGGGAGCAGCCACCCCAGCAGCACCCUGCAGACGCGUCAGCUGGGACUGCAGGUGCCGUCCACCAUCCUGAAGGGCCUCAGCCCGGAGGGCAGACAAUAUGGAUUCAAUAUCCAUCGCCCUGGCCGUGAGACAAGCAGUGGUAACAGGCAGCAAGGAGGGAAGAUGUUACCAGCCGUUUAUUCUAAGAUGGCUGAGGUAAGGGACAAAAUGACUGCCCUUUAUAUGACCCCACCCCACCUCUAGCCUAAGUGACACCCCCCCCACAUGUGACACCUACACCCACCACACCCACACAUGCCUCCUAUCCGGCUAGCUUUCAGCCCGCCUCCUCUGGGCCUUUCUGGAUCCCUGAUGCAUUUCUGACACUUGGGUGAUGGCUCCUAGCUGGACAGGAAGUCAUUGAGGAAUUAAAACCAAGUUCUGUGCAGCCAAUAAUAAAAAGGAAGAAUUAAUGUCAGUGAAAAAAUUAUAUAUAAACCUCUAUUUGUGAGUGGACAGAUUGGAGAGUUAAACGCCCUCAGCCUAAUACUGGCAAAGCCUCAUGGGAGCCAGGGCUUGCAUUGUUACUUAAUGACAGAAUGUAAAGGAAUUGAGUCCGUAUUGUCUUAAUAAUUAGAUUGGAGAGUUAAACCCCCUCAGCCUAAUACUGGCAAAGCCUCAUGGGAGCCAGGGCUUGCGCUGUUACUUAAUGACAGAAUGUAAAGGAAUCGAGUCCGUAUUGUCUUAAUAAUUAGAUUGGAGAGUUAAACCCCCUCAGCCUAAUACUGGCAAAGCCUCAUGGGAGUCAGGGCUUGCAUUGUUACUUAAUGACAGAAUGUAAAGGAAUCGAGUCCGUAUUGUCUUAAUAAUUAGAUUGGAGAGUUAAACCCCCUCAGCCUAAUACUGGCAAAGCAUCAUGGGAGCCAGGGCUUGCAUUGUUGUUACUUAAUGACAGAAUGUAAAGGAAUCGAGUCCGUAUUGUCUUAAUAAUUAGAUUGGAGAGUUAAACCCCCUCAGCCUAAUACUGGCAAAACAUCAUGGGAGCCAGGGCUUGCGCUGUUACUUAAUGACAGAAUGUAAAGGAAUCGAGUCCGUAUUGUCUUAAUAAUUAGAUUGGAGAGUUAAACCCUCUCAGCCUAAUACUGGCAAAGCAUCAUGGGAGUCAGGGCUUGCAUUGUUACUUAAUGACAGAAUGUAAAGGAAUCGAGUCCGUAUUGUCUUAAUAAUUAGAUUGGAGAGUUAAACCCCCUCAGCCUAAUACUGGCAAAGCAUCAUGGGAGUCAGGGCUUGCAUUGUUACUUAAUGACAGAAUGUAAAGGAAUCGAGUCCGUAUUGUCUUAAUAAUUAGAUUGGAGAGUUAAACCCCCUCAGCCUAAUACUGGCAAAGCCUCAUGGGAGUCAGGGCUUGCAUUGUUACUUAAUGACAGAAUGUAAAGGAAUCGAGUCCGUAUUGUCUUAAUAAUUAGAUUGGAGAGUUAAACCCCCUCAGCCUAAUACUGGCAAAGCAUCAUGGGAGUCAGGGCUUGCAUUGUUCGGAAUCCUGUGCGUCUUAAUAAUUAGAUUGGAGAGUUAGCCCUCUCAACUAAUACUGGCAAAACAUCAUAAGGAACCAGGGCUUUGCAUUGUUACUUAAUGACAGAAUGUAAAGGAAUGAGUCAGUAUUGUCUUAAUAAUUAGAUUGGAGGAUUAAACCUCAGCCUAAUACUGGAAAAGCAUCAUGAGUCAGGGCUUGCAUUGUUACUUAAGGACACACUAUAGUGCCAGGAAAACAUACUCGUUUUUCCUGCUUCAUAUAUGAAAGUGCCCCCACCUCAGGGGACCCCCCUCCAUGACUCUGGAAAGGGGAAAGAGUUUUAAGCUUACCUUUUCCAGCGUAGGUAGGAGGCUCUCUCCCUUCUCUCUCCUCCUCCCGUUCCUUGUCGGCUAGUCGCCGCCUUGGCGGCAAGAGCUGCGCGCGCAUUCAGCCGGUCUCAUAGGAAAGCAUUUACAAUACUUUCCUAUGGACGCUGGCGUGCUCUCACUGUGAAAAUCACAGUGAGAAGCACGCAAGCGCCUCUAGUGGCUGUCAAUGAGACAGCCACUAGAGGCUUUGGGGGAAGGCUUAACUGCUAUGAAAACUCUGAAACUGCUAUGUUUAUUAAAAAAUGGGUUAACCCUAGCUGGACCUGGCACCCAGACCACUUCAUUAAGCUGAAGUGGUCUGGGUGCCUAGAGUGGUCCUUUAAUGAUAGAAUGUAAAGGAAUAGAGUCCGUAUUGUCUUAAUAAUUAGAUUUGAGAGUUAAACCCUCUCAGCCUAAUACUGGCAAAGCAUCAUGGGAGUCAGGGCUUGCAUUGUUACUUAAUGACAGAAUGUAAAGGAAUCGAGUCCGUAUUGUCGUAAUAAUUAGAUUGGAGAGUUAAACCCCCUCAGCCUAAUACUGGCAAAGCAUCAUGGAAAUCAGGGCUUGCAUUGUUAUCUAAUGGCAGAAUGUAAAGGAAUCGAGUCUGUAUUGUCUUAAUAAUUAGUGUGGAUGCAGAACCGAUGUUCUGUCCGAUUCAGUGACCCAUUAGAUUGUGUGCAGUAGGCCUACUGUGGGACACCCUGUACAAAGUAAGGACAGGAAGAGCCCAAAUUAUGGCAAUGUAGAAAUGGCAGGAAAUCAAAUUUUAGAAUUUCAAGUAAAUCUUGUAUGGAAUAAAUACAAUUAAUAUCAGUAUAAACAUAUCAGAAAAUCCAAUUAGUAAUGAUCAAAUGAAGCAAAUGGCCCAUCGAUAUAGUGAGUACUAGUUAUUCACAAUGAUUUCAUUGCAGAUAACUUACAAUGCUGUUUGAUGUAUCCAAGUGAAUGUAACAUUAUCAUGGUUUACAUUGCAAAAUAAAAAGUACACAUAAUGUAUCAGGAGUAAAUCCUCUUUGUUCUCCAAUUAUUUAAAACAUUAAUAAAAUGUCCCACUCAAACAGGACUGGCUGUAUCUUUUAUUCUAAAACCGUUUCUUUACUUCCAAAAUGUAAUGGCAUUCUAUAAAAACAGAAUAUGACUUACUGAGAUCCUGUAUUUAUGAAAUGCUUUUACAUACUGGAAAAAAAUUAAGAUUUUAAAAUAAAAUCUACAGCAUGAAACAUUCAUUAACGGUUUAAAAUCACUAUUGAAUGUGUGCUUGUGGAGUCACACAGGAAGGCCUGUUACCUUGUACUUAAAGCAGCUGCAAUAAACUAAGUUCUACUAUGUUACAAAAAGAGGGGGGAAAAAAUGGAUUUACAAAAUCACGUUCUGUCUUUAUAUUGAAGUGCAUUAAGAAUGUUCUCUGACGAUGCCUCGACUUACGCUGUAACUCCAGUGGCAUGUGUUUCUAUACACUCUAUACUCUAGACAUAUCAUUCCCCAUUUUAUCAUAUUUUUUUUUUUUUCAAGAAAGCUCUCUCUUCCACCUAUUUCCAUCUAUUGCUUGCUUUUUCUUACUGACACAGUUUGUAAAGCCUGUGAUGAUUCCUUCAUUUACGUCUCUUCCAGAUGAAAAUAAAACAUCCCAUAAGCCACGGACAUUGGGUCACUGUUUCUGUUCGGAUAACUCCACCAGCGUAGAUCUUCAUACCACAGCCUGGAUUGUCCUUGGAAGCCGCGUAUCUUCAGCCUUGUUGUCCCUGAUUAUGCUUGGCAGUUUGCAUUUGUAUCUAAGUCAACCGAGGAGAUAUAAAAGGAGGAAGAUAUUGGCACCAGAUAGAUGUUAUUAAAGGCACACUCCAAGCACGACAAUGACACAUGCUCAUUUCAAAUGUUAUUUGGCAAUGAGGUUCCUGAUCACAAUGUACCAAUCCAUUUGCUCAUAGCUGCCCUGGUUUAGAAAAAUCCAGACACUCUCAACCAUCAUCAAUAGAAGACGUCUUCCACCAGGAUUAAUUUACUUAUUCUGGCAGUGUCCAGAGUCCAACCCAAUAGAAGUCUUCUCCUCCUCUGAGAGUUUCCUUCAUUCAUUAAAAAACCCAUGGAUAGAAUGACCAUUGUACACCUAAUACACAAAUACUCUGGGACAAUCAUGGUAUACAUUGAUGGCAUUAUGUGAUAAGUGAUCAGAGUAUAGAAUAAGGACAUGAUGUCAUAGGAAAUCAGAUGAUAUAAUAACUGUAUGAUGCAAUAAGAGAUCACAUUGUACAAUAACUGUAUGAUUAUUAUUUAUAAAAGGAAAAGAAAAAAGGAGAAAGAACUACUGC